UCGUUUAUCUCUAUGAGAAGGGGGCGGGAGGUGACUUCGACUUGCAAAGGUAGAAAAGCGGCGUCUUCCAGAGUCAGCAUCUUAUCACGACCACUAGUGAUUGAUUUGCUCUACCGCUCUUUCUCUUUCGGGAGCUUUCUUUCCGAAGAUUGUCUACAGGCGGUUGCCCCGCGACUUUGACCUCAUCCUCAAUCUCUCACAAUCACUAUUCCGUCUCUCAUCUUCAUGAAUUAGCAGCCAUUGCCAUGACCACGUCUACUUAAGAGGUACCUUUCACCGUUUCGUAACCCACACAUCCUAGGUGCGCCCACCAACCCCUCGCCUUGAAGUCAGAAGAAACCCCAAUGAGGCUCUAAGCACCCCAUAAUGGCAAACCUCCGGCCACCACGUCCCCACAUUGGAUUCUUGCUAAACGAAACAAAGGGGCGAUUUGUCGGGCAAUCUAGUCUGGGCCGACCAUACUACGAUGACAACGGGCCAAAAAUGACAAGUCUGUUAAAUUUGCGAUUGAUGAACAAGGUUCUGGAAAGCCAGGAAUUCCCGCAGAUGGAGAAGAUUGCGUUGAUUGUGGCGCUCAUCAAAUCGGCGACUCUCCCGGACGCAAACGAGUCGAGGGAGUUCGAUCAAAUCAAUGACCCCACAAGGAAUCAAGAGCCAAUCCGAGCCAAACCUCUUCGCCCAGCACCUCACCAAUUGUCAAACAAUCUCUGUAAAACAGGGCAAAUUGUCGCACAGAACGGUCUCCAGAUCAAGGGCAUGGGAAGAAGCGGCUUUCCACCGAACAUCCCGACAAAUCUAGCUCAAAACAAAAGCCAAAAGCGGCGUCGAUCGCACAACCCAUCUCCGGAGCCCAGGGUCUACAACUUUCAAAGUCCAAUUGUCAAGCUUCCCUUCAACGACAACAGAAAACCCGUAAAGAAAGAUAUAAGAGCAGAAAAGAAGCUCAAUGAUCAAAACCCUCUCCAGCCAUCGACUACCUCAAAGCCGUCCUUUGCAUUCAAUAACUCUCCUUACGAACACAAUUCGACGAAUAGCCACGAGCAGUCGUCGGCUGCGAAGAAGCAAAAGACAGUUCCCAUGGGUUCAAAAGGAAGACAGAAAAGGAACAGAAAAGCGAGGAAGGGGGCAUUUAGGGUUUCUAGAUCGUAGUGAAAGGGGUCGUCUGGUUGGAAUGCAUAGUUUCUCAUGUAGAUGCCAGACAUUAUGGGUUUAGGCAGUUACCGAAAGAGAAUACCUGGGUGAGCUAAG